AGCUUGCUCAGCCGGCGACUUUUUUAGUGGCGGAGCUGAAGAGUGAAUACAACGAGCGGCGCGGAAGAGCUGUAAGACCACCGAACGACGAGAAACGAAUUAACUGAAAACAGGUAAAUCCGUGAGCAGAAACAAGUUCCUCUUCUCCGAUGUCAGCCGCCGCCGCCAUCUUCUCCUAAUUGUAGCCGCCAAAGAAUCAAAAGCAGCUUGCUUCAGUUUCGCCCGGCGUCCGGCGAAACAAACAGAGGCGCGUGCUCUCGUGGCCGAAGAUGCCUAAGAGAUGUGGAGAGAAAUUGCAGACAGAGAAGCGGGAAAAACCCGACCAAAUUCCUUCAAAAGCCGCGUCACAUCCGGCUUGAGCUCCGAUCUACAGCUCUCCAAUCACAAAGACAUCGUUUCCCCUCACAGAGGUUCCGUCAAUUCUCUCCAGGUUGAUUUGACAGAGGGGAGAUACUUGUUGGCCGGUGCGGCGGAUGCGUCCACUGCCGUUUUCGAUGUCCAACGGGCGACAGAAUAUGAAGGCGGCGGAGCCAUCGCUAAGCACCGGCAUGUAUUCGCUAUCGACAAGCAGCACAGGGCUGCCCAUAAAUUCGCCGUAUCAACGGCAAUAUGGUAUCCGAUCGAUACUGGGCUGUUCAUCACUGGUUCUUAUGAUCAUUAUAUCAAAGUCUGGGAUACCAACAGCACCCAGGUUGUGAUGAAUUUCAAAAUGCCUGGGAAGGUUUAUCGAGCUGCUAUGUCUCCCUUGGCCACCUCUCACAUGCUGAUAGCAGCUGGGACUGAAGAUGUUCAAGUUCGACUAUGCGAUAUUGCCUCAGGGGCAUUUUCACAUACACUUUCUGGUCAUCGCGAUGGUGUUAUGACAGUAGAAUGGUCUACUUCAAGUGAAUGGGUGCUGGUUACAGGAGGUUGUGAUGGUGCUAUUCGGUUUUGGGACAUUAGAAGAGCUGGAUGUUUCCGUGUUUUAGAUCAAUCUCGAACUCAGUUAGGCAGGCGCCUACCUGUCCUUCGCCGCUCCAUGACCAAUAAGGUACUUUAUGUUCGGGCCAAAAAGUUUGAAUCAAUAGAUACCACGUCCUUCAAUAUGAAAAAAACUGUGACUGGGAAUGGAGCAAAACAGCAGUCAGCUCUUGGUCGAACACCAGGAAAGGGAUCUGUUAAACCCAGAAUGCAUCCAGGGUUGUUGUCCACGCAAGACCGUGCUACUGCUCACUAUGGUGCUGUCACAGGUUCCAGAGUAACUGAAGAUGGCAUGUAUCUUCUAAGUGCAGGAUCUGAUUCAAGGUUAAGGUUAUGGGACAUUGAGUCCGGAUGUAACACUCUCGUGAACUUUGAAACUGCACGAUUACAGACCAGCAAGCCCAUCCAGAUGGCGACUUCUGGAGAUUCAAGACUGGCCUUUGUACCCUGCAUGACAGCUGUGAAGGCGUUUGAUCUUUGGUCCGGCGAGACAUCUAUGGUUCUUCGUGGCCAUUAUGAGAAUGUUAACUGCUGUUGGUUUAGUUCCCAGGAUCAGGAGCUGUACACAGGUGGCAAUGAUAGACAAAUUCUGGUCUGGUCUUCUUCCAAACCUCACGAGGAUGUUUCGGUGGCUGAAGAUGGAGAUAACUGGAGUGACUGACUGAAACUUGCUCCAUCAGUCUCAGUUGUGUUGUAAAAUAGGGAUGCAAAUUUCACCACUGUGUUGUGUAUCUUGUGUUUGCUUUAUGAGUUAUAAAUAGGUGGAAGAACAAAUGCAAUCUCGUUUUUAUUCGGAAUAAAAAACUAGUUGUCUACUCAAUUCGAGAAGACCUCUCUCUUUACACAUCAA